UCAGUCUGUCUAAACUUUUCGUCUCUGAGUCACCGUGCUACCCCAUGAUGGUGCAAGCUAAAUAAUUAAUGUAACUUUGAAAAAUAGCAAGCUAACUGUAUGUGGGGCAAGGUGAUUGCGAAGGACGGCACAGCUGUCCAGCAUUACAGUAACGGAAUGGUCACGCCCCAGUGCAGCCGCGUGCAGCGCGGCUUCCGUCAGGCUGCCCGACUGAGGUUGCAGGACGAGUCCAAAUCAGACCAACUAACCACCGCUGCAUCUUCCUCAUCCUCCUCCUCUUCCUCACCCUCUGUGGCUCACCAGGCUCAGUCAUCAGAGCAGGAAACAGCAUCCGCACAGAAAGCAUCGGCACCUGAACAAACCAUGCCCGAAUCUGUGUCUGCACCGACACCUGAGGUGGAGGCAACUGCCCCCACACCUGAGGUGGAGGCUUCUGUUUCUGCACCUGUGCAAGACGUGCCGGAAUCAGCUCCCAGUCCUGCGUCUACACCUGCGCAGGAGUUAUCCGAGUCUGCAUCUGGUCUGGAGGCAUCUGCGCAUACGCCCGAGUCAGAGGCAUCUGGGCAGGAAGUGUCCGAGUCUGCACCUGAGGAUGAGGGAUCUUCAUCUGAGGAUGAGGCGUCUGCCCCUGAGAAAGAGGCAUCUGCUCAAGCUGCACCUGAGGAAGAGGCGUCUGCGCAGGCAGCGUCUCCGCCUGAGCUGGAAACAUCUGCGCAGGCAGCGUCUGCGUCUGCGCCUGAGCUGGAAACACCUGCGCAGGCAGCGUCUGCGUCUGCGCCUGAGCUGGAAACACCUGCGCAGGCGGAGUCUGCGUCUGCGCCUGAGCUGGAAACACCUGCGCAGGCGGAGUCUGCGUCUGAGCAGGAGGCUCCGGAGCCCGACCCCAGCGGCGCAGACGAGGGCGGGGAGGAGGAGGGCGACGGCUACGAGACGGAGGAGGAGCUCCGGGCGCGAAUCCUCGCCACGGCGCUGGACUUCGUCCCGCAGCACGGCUGGUCGGCCGAGGCCAUCGCCGCCGCCGCGCAGGCCGUGGGUCUGUCUUCGGCGGCUUCCGGAAUGUUCACCAACGGGGCGGGAGACUUGGUGCUGCACUUCAUCUCCGACGGCAACGCCCAGCUGGCCAAGAUUCUGGCUGAACAUCACAACCAGGUCCAGCUGGGCCAGGCAGAACCGAAGGAAACGGCGGAGUUCCUGCGAUACGCCGUCGAGGCCCGCCUGAGGAUGCUCAUCCCCCACAUCGACACCUGGCCACAGGCCAUGAGCAUCCUGCUGCUUCCUCAUAACAUCCCUGACAGCCUGAAGCACCUCUCCACCCUGAUAGACGACAUCUGGUACUACGCUGGGGACCGCUCCACAGACAUGAACUGGUACACGCGCCGCGCGGCUCUGACCGGGGUCUACAACACCACCGAGCUGGUGAUGCUGCAGGACUCCUCCCCCGACUUCCAGGACACCUGGGUCUUCCUCGACAAACGCAUCCAGGACAUCGUCAACAUGGCCAACACGGCCAAGCAGGUGCAGGCCACCGGUGAAGCAGUGGUGCAGGGAAUCAUGGGAGCUGCAGUCACGCUGUCGAACCUCGCAGGCAUGAACCAGCGGAGAUGAAGUGAGGGAACACGCCUGACCCGUCGCCCCACUAAACCGACCUCUGCACCCCCCAGACUGCCCCACCCAAUGUCCGUCUGUCUGUCUGUCUGACAGGGCUCGUCACUCGAGCGAUCCUGUGCUCACAAAAGCAGCUGACACGCCUGUAGGGGAUGAGAUGCUGUUCCAGGGGCAUGUGGCUGUUUCACCCAGGCAAGGCGAUGUCUCUUUCACGGGCGACAGUGCCGAACGUACAGCCCCUCUCUGAUCUCCAGACUGAGUCAAGAGCCCAUGCGGUUCCAGAACCAGAACCAGAACACCUCCACUUCUUCCUUAACGCAAACGGCGAGAACAAGAGCAAGCACUGUGCUUGAAACUUUUUUGUGUGGCAGUUUUUUGCCUUUCUCUAUAAAAAGCAUGGCAAUAAAGAAUACUAUAUAUCCUCA